GAGCUUUAAAGCUUGUCAAGUCAAAGGUUUUAUUAUACAGUGGCUUAUAGUGACACUUGAAGGGGACUUCUCCUUUCUUUGGCAUUUUGAUUAUGGUCCAAACAAGUUUAGCAAACAGAUUCUAACCCUCCCCCGCAAGGAAAAGAAAUCCUUGAUGACUCGUCGUUGUUGUUCAUUUCUGUCCACGUCACCUCCUCCAACACCACACUGCUAUUAUACUGACUCCCUCUACAUGCUGAGAGGCCUUGGAGUCUGAGCCUGUUACUAUAGCAACCAUAGAGAAGGACGAAGUAGAGGAGAGGAGGGGGAAAUGCUAAAAAAAAAGAAAAAAAAUUGUGGGCGGGAGCGUGAAAGCACUGCUCCUCUCUUUCAUUGGCUCAAGGCGCACUCUAAGCCCGCCCCUCCCAGGAUGUCAUCAUUAGCAUCGUUUCUGCUGCAAACCCCGUGACUGCUGCUGCCUGCUCUGUCUCUGUGUUCAUUGAGUCAUUGUGGCGUUCCAUGCGUGGAGUCUGAAGAGAAGGAAUGUUGUAACAGCGAAGAACAAGGUCAUGAUUUGACCCUAACAAGACGCCGUCAGCCCAAGGAGACUGAAACGGGAUAUGAAAACUAACAGACGGGUGCCUGAAAUGAGAUUUGGACAAGAUGUUGCAGAUCCUGGUGCAUUUUUUUAGCUUUGGAAUGAUUAGGAAGGAAUAAAAGAGGAGGUGGAGCACAUGGACGAAGUCAGAAGAUCAGAGCUUUGCUGACCUGGUAGGAAAUCUUUGAUGAGGAAAAAGGCAAACGUCACAGGCUGACAGUUGAUGUUGCAUCAGUAAAGCCAUCAGCAGUGUGCAAUGCCCCUGGAGGACACCUGUAAUUAUUUUUGAACAGAAACGACUUGUGAUAAGACCAAAGAAAACUCCUGCUAAGCUCUCAUUUAUCCUGGGAUAACCCAACACUAACAAAUGACCACUGGACAGAACCUGGAACUGUUACGAGGACAAUGUCUCUGAUCAUGCUGGGAUGUUGCUGUCAGAGAUGCAAAGCAUAAAUAUGCUGGAACAUCAGCACAUGUGUCUGGCAGAACAGUGAGGAUGAAGAGGCGAGGCCAGACCAGAGGCCAGAGGUUUGUCAAGGCUGACUACUAUGAGCUGGACUGGUACUACGAAGAGUGUACUGAUGUGUUGUGUGCGGACCGAGUGGGCCAGAUGACAAAGACGUACAGUGACAUUGAUGCUGUCACUCGACUGCUGGAAGAGAAAGAGCGGGACUUGGAGUUAGCAGCUCGUAUCGGACAGUCCCUGUUAAAGAAGAACAAAGGGCUCAGUGAAAGGAACGAACUGCUGGAGGAGCAAGUAGAGCAAAUACGAGAGGAGGUAUCUCAGCUGCGUCAUGACCUCUCCAUGAAAGAUGAGCUGCUGCAGUUUUACACCAACGCUGCAGAGGAAAGUGAGGGGGAGUCCAACACCUCCACGCCUGUGUGUCCAAGUGAACCGUAUGUGUCCGCUCCAGCCGUUUUCCCUCUGGACUCCUUACAGAAGAAACUCAAAGAUUUAGAGGACGAAAACAAAUCUCUCCGAUCAGCGGCAACUCACCUGGAGACUGAAACCAUCUGCUAUGAGGAGAAGGAGCAGCAACUUGUCAAUGAUUGUGUCAAAGAGCUACGAGGUGCCAACCUGCAGAUUUCUUCUCUGGCUGAAGAGCUGGCGAGAAAGUCGGAUGAUGCCUCACGGCAGCAAGAGGAAAUCACACAUCUGCUCUCUCAGAUAGUAGACCUGCAGAAGAAGGCUAAGCUUUAUGCUGUGGAGAAUGAGGAGCUCACACAGCACUUGGGUGCUGCCAAAGACGCUCAGAGACAGCUCACUGCUGAGCUAAGUGAGUUGCAGGACAAGUAUGCAGAGUGCAUGGAGAUGCUCCAUGAAGCUCAGGAGGAGCUUAAGAACCUGAGGAAUAAAAGUUUACCCCUCAGCAAUCCCAGGCGUUUCCAUUCUCUGGGCUUGUUCCCAAUGGACUCUCUGGCAGCAGAAAUAGAAGGAACCAUGAGGAAAGAGCUGCAGAUGGACGAUCCGGAUGUAGAAGAGCAGAGACUGCAUCCGAAGCGAGUGUUCCAGACGGUGAAGAACCUCAACCUGAUGCGUCAGCAGCGAUCCUCUGCAGCUCCUUCACCUCUCAACAUCCCAGGCUCCAAUCAGACCUCCUGCUUCACCUCGGGCCGCUCCAGCAGGGUGGGCACACCUUUCUCCACCUCCAUGUUUGGGAGUGAGACAGGCAGCGGGAUCAUCCUGGACAACAGGACAAGCAGUCCUGAUGGGUCGGAGGACUCCAACAAGCGUCCCCCCGGUACUCCCGGAACCCCAGGCGGCAGAGACUUGGAGGCUGCUCUUCGGCGCCUGUCCCUCCGUCGGGACAACUACCUCUCAGAAAAACGCUUCUUUGAGGAGGAGAGAGACAGGAAGCUGGCUUAUCUGGCAAAAGAGGAGGAAAAGGAAAGCGGGGAGGGAAGUGGAGGCCCGGGGACCCCGACAGAGAGUCUGUUGUCGCUGUGCUCACAUCCCUCCAUGAGCACCAUGUGGUCAGGAUUCUCGUUCAGCCCGAGGUCUUACCUCCCAGAGAAGCUGCAGAUCGUAAAGCCGCUAGAAGGUUCUGCCACUCUGCAUGCAUGGCAGCAGCUGGCUCAGCCUCACAUGGGCGCUCUGCUGGACCACCGGCCCGGCGUGGUCACUAAGGGUUUCCGUAGCUUACCCCACGAACAGGAGCAGGAAGACAGCUGGCAUUUGGACCAACCAGAGGAGGACGAAGAGCCACAUGACACCCGCUCCUACCUGUCAGGGGGAAGCCCCGCCCCCUUCGGUCUGCCUCAGUCUACCUCGACUCCGUCUGUCUGCUGCCACAAAUUUGCUGACAUUGAAGAAAACACUCAACCAGGGGGACUGGGUGUGAUCUUAGAGACAGCUGAAGGAAAGGACGGACAUGUCGGAAGCACGCCCCCUCCCCACUCGUCCUCUCCACUCCCUCCUCCCUUCGAGAGCAUCAGGGAAAAAGAGUUCCAGGCCCUGCAGCAGAGCCCUGUGGAGCGCAUGCCUGUUUAUUUCCCAGGGAAGUGCAUGUCCCACACCAGCUCCACCUACACCUUCACCACCUGCAGGAUCCUCCACCCCUCUGAUCAGCUGACCUCCGUUUCACCAAGCACUGCUGUAUCCACGGGUCAGAACAGUGCCAGCAUCGGAACACCAACCCACGCACCGUCUCCCUUAUCCUCUACACCCUCCUACACCCCCUGCUGCACCCCACGCCGCCUCUCACUCUCACACACCGAGUCCUCCACUAACCUGAGGGACUCCACCAAGACAACCAGCACCUCCCUGGGCUUGGUGCACCUCCUGCUGGAGCAUGGGAUUUCUGCCUCGGUGUAUAACCCGUGCAGCUGGGACAGAGGACUGGGGGCUCGAGGGGCUUUAAUGAUGAGAGUGGGGCAGGAACAGAGGUCCAUCGCCAGACAGGCAGAGAGUGAAGUCAAACAGUCGCUGAAACGACCAGAUCUGCUCCUACUCCAGCCUCACACCCCGCCCACCUCACCUGACUCCGCCUCCUCCACCUCCCCAGCUCCAGCAUUUCAGUUCAGCCCUUCCACUGAAGACCCACCAUACUACGAUGCCUUCCUUGCCUCCAAACCGGCCCGUACCAUUCUGAGAGAGGUUCUGGGAGAGAUGGAGCGGGAUAAACAGAUGGAAGACGACAGCCAAGCAGAGAUGACCAACCUUGGACUUGUGGACAAACUCAAACAGUUUCGCACGCUUUCUCCCUUCUCUGCGUCCGCCUCAUCCGGGACCGCUCUGUUAGCAUCCUUUGGCCCCGGCGGGGUGGGGAACGCUGCGUUAGGCGGCGGCCUUCCAGGUUUGAACGCAGGACUGAGGCGGAACAGAAGCUAUCCCGCUUUGGUGGGGGCUAGCAUGGCGAUGAAAGACCCCGGUGGUCCUCCGUGCACAGACAUUCUCAUACCACAUGCACACCACGCAGGCAAAGGCCAAACAACUGACAAGGACGUGCACGCUCCUGAGGAGGUUCCGAAACACUCACACCCGACACACAAAUGAAGAAACCGAGACUGAUAGAUCACAAUUUCACAUGUUGGAAUAUUGCACAUACGGCAGCGCACAUAUGGAUCCAUGCAUUUAGCUUUUUCAAUCAAACUGGUGACUUUCAUCAGACUGAACACCAGAGCAGUGAAUAAAUCCAGUCCUGACUGAAGCUGUUACUGUUCUUCUCACACCAUCAGCCAGACUGACGAUCAUCAAGUAUGUGGCCUUUCUCUGUUUGUUUUUAUUAUAUGAUGCAUAUGCAAAACAACUGGCAUAUAGUGUCAUAUUAAAAGCCUGGUUGGUUUGUGAUAAAAAGAGAAAAAGUCCCCCAAACCAUCAAAAGUUUCCACUCUAGACCUUUUAUUUAUGGUUUGUGUUGGUCAUAUUUUAAUAUGGGGAGACAUUUGACUUCAGCACUGUGUUUAUUGUUCCUCAAUAAGAUCAAUAAUCAGAAAUCAACCCAGCAUUGUUGUUACUGCGUCUGUAGGAGUUCAUAAAAGUGCCAUGUUGAGAUGAUAUGUUUUGUUGUGUCACUAGCAGGAAUUUAUUUAUUUAUUCAAAAACAUUUCAUAAAAAAAAAAAAAAAUUAAAUCACACUCUUAUUUUUUUUUAAACCAUUGUAGUAUUUUAAUAUUGUAUAAAUUGAUACUUUUUUGGGGCUUAAAUGGUAUUAAUAGCCUUGGAAUUGACUCCACCACUCACCCUGCAGUUUCUGCUCUCAAAACUAAACCAGUUUGGGGUUUUUCAUUUGCCCCGAUGCUGUGACUGAAUGUACUUCUGUGCCUAAACGCGCCGCAUCUCCUCUCGGAUGCAGCGAGUGUUCCAUUUGUUGAUUAUUUUAACUUGCCUUUUAUUUUUUUCUGUGUGCAAUAGGCCGUGUGUACAUUAGACUCCUGAUGCAGUUGUUUGCAUCCUAACGCGCCCGCACUUUCUCAUGAGACGUCUCCAUGUGGUUAUUGUUUGUGUGCUAUGAUUUGGGCUUCGGUGGUUCAUGAUGGUUCAGAGGACAGCAGGUCCAGUCAGAUGAACAGAACACUGUGACUGCAGAGCGGCAGGGAACCCAACAGUUUGCUCUCUCGGUUCUGUUCUGCUAUUCUCAUAAAAUCCUUAGUCUUUGUUAAAAAAAAAAAAAAUGUUGGAAGUUCAAUACAAAUGUAGAAGAGUUUGAUUUGGACUUCUUACACUGAUUUAUGAUCUAUCAAUACCAAAGUUACAAUGGAAGAAUCUUGUCAGUAUUUUGUAUAAUUUAUAAACAUGAAACAUUUCAAGAAUGAUCUAUAUUUUCCCUGAAAGACCUCCUGUUAGUGUCAUAGAGUUAAAAUGACUGAUGAAUGACUAAAACUUAUACACAUUCUAGUAAAAAGAGCUCAUUUUGAUCUAUAAUGGCUUAUUAGCUCGUCUGUAGUCUCAAAUCAAUUUUUGAGGCAAUUAACUCGAUAUUUUAUUUACCUAAAAUCUAUAUUUACCAUAAUUUGAAGUCUCUAAAAUGCUCAUAUUGCAUCGAUUCUGCCUAACACCUCAUGGCUCAAGCACAGUUUAUAGAAGAAAAUAAAAAUUGCAGUAUUGGAAAUAAAAACAGUUUGACUGAAGCAACGAGGAGUGAAGAUAUGUGUGUAAAUGUGUGCAGUUUUUUGUUUGUUUAUUUGAAUGUAAUUUAUUCUAGUUUCCAUGCUGUAAUGCCAUGUAUCUGCACAGUAUGCUGGUUUAACUUAAGUUGGUGUUAACCUCCAUGAAGGGAACUUUUAUUGCAUUGUAAAUGUAUGCAACAGACAUGCUAACUUUCUAAAGAGAAUCUAUUGAAAACAAUAUUAUUGUGUUGUUUGUGUAGGAUAAUGACGGAAUGAAGCUGAACGGAGUCAGAGUUCUAUUUUACAGAACUGGCUGCACUAUUAAUAAAGGGAUAAAUGCA